UAUGGCCGGCGACAUUAGCUAGCGCUCGCUCUACUCUCUCUAACGGGGAAACAGCGGACUACAAGAGACUGAGCUGUAUCUGCCUCUAUUUCCAACAGACUCACGUUCAACUUUCGCUCACAAAAAAAAAAAAAAAAAAAAGCCGGGAAAAUUUUAUUAACUCUUUUUUAAAAAAAGUUAAUAUAAAAUUAUAGCAAAAAAGGAACCUGAACUUUAGUAACACAGCUGGAACAAUCCGCAGCGGCGGCGGCAGCGGCGGGAGAAGAGAUUUAAUUUAGUUGAUUUUCUGUGGUUGUUGGUUGUUCGCUAGUCUCACGGUGAUGGAAGCUGCACAUUUUUUCGAAGGGACCGAGAAGCUGCUGGAGGUUUGGUUCUCCAGGCAGCAACCCGACGCAAACCAAGGAUCUGGGGAUCUUUGCACCAUCCCAAGAUCCGAGUGGGACAUACUUUUGAAGGAUGUGCAAUGUUCAAUCAUAAGUGUGACAAAAACUGACAAGCAGGAAGCUUAUGUACUCAGUGAGAGUAGCAUGUUUGUCUCCAAGAGACGUUUCAUUUUGAAGACAUGUGGUACCACCCUCUUGCUGAAAGCACUGGUUCCCCUGUUGAAACUUGCUAGGGAUUACAGUGGGUUUGACUCAAUUCAAAGCUUCUUUUAUUCUCGUAAGAAUUUCAUGAAGCCUUCUCACCAAGGGUACCCACACCGGAAUUUCCAGGAAGAAAUAGAGUUUCUUAAUGCAAUUUUCCCAAAUGGAGCAGCAUAUUGUAUGGGACGCAUGAAUUCUGAUUGUUGGUACUUGUAUACUUUGGAUUUCCCAGAGAGUCGGGUAAUCAGUCAGCCAGAUCAAACCCUGGAAAUUCUGAUGAGUGAGCUUGACCCAGCAGUUAUGGACCAGUUCUACAUGAAAGAUGGUGUUACUGCAAAGGAUGUCACUCGUGAGAGUGGAAUUCGUGACCUGAUACCAGGUUCUGUCAUUGAUGCCACACUGUUCAACCCUUGUGGGUAUUCAAUGAAUGGAAUGAAAUCGGAUGGAACUUAUUGGACUAUUCACAUCACUCCAGAACCAGAAUUUUCUUAUGUUAGCUUUGAAACAAACUUAAGUCAGACCUCCUAUGAUGACCUGAUCAGGAAAGUUGUGGAAGUCUUCAAGCCAGGAAAAUUUGUGACCACCCUGUUUGUAAAUCAGAGUUCUAAAUGUCGCACAGUGCUUUCUUCGCCCCAGAAGAUUGAAGGUUUUAAACGUCUUGAUUGCCAGAGCGCUAUGUUCAAUGAUUACAAUUUUGUUUUUACCAGUUUUGCUAAGAAGCAGCAACAACAGCAGAGUUGAUUAAGAAAAAUGAAGAAAAAACGCAAAAAGAGAACACACAUAGAAGAAGGUGGUGGCUGCUUUUUAGAUAUUGAUACCAAGGGCCAUGCUUUCCAUAACCACCACCUUGUAGUUACAGAAAGCCCUAGAUGUAAUGAUAGUGUAAUCAUUUUGAAUUGUAUGCAUUAUUAUAUCAAGGAGUUAGAUAUCUUGCAUGAAUGCUCUCUUCUGUGUUUAGGUAUCCUAUGCCACUCUUGCUGUGAAAUUGAAGUGCAUGUAGAAAAAACCUUUUACUAUAUGAAACUUUACAACACUUGUGAAAACAACUCAAUUUGGUUUAUGCACAGUGUAAUAUUUCUCCAGGUAUCAUCCAAAAUUCCCCACAGACAAGGCUUUCGUCCUCAUUAGGUGUUGGCCUCAGCCUAGCCAUCUGGGACUGUUCUAUUAAAUUGCUACCAGGAUUUUGCAUCCAGUUACCUCCACUUUCUAGAACAUAUUCUCUACUAAUGUUAUUGAAACCAAUUUCUACUUCAUACAGAUGUUUUUGCAGCACCAAUCAAAGUUCUUCUUCCACGAGUCGAGUCCUCUACGAAAAUGACUGCAGUUAUCCAUUUUGUGUAUUACUAUCUCACUGCUUCCUAUACUUGUGUGACUUUAAUUGAUUCAUUCCUCACCAUGGUGUCUCCCUCCCAACCA